CGCGAGUGAGAUAGGCAGUUGAGCUUCAGAGUUCAGGGUGUUGCAGGAGUAAUCACUGUGAGAAAAACAAUGAGAGCUUUUACAUGUUUGUCGUUGCUUGCGAUGCAAAUAUCGCUCAUUUAUUCUGCGUACCCGCAGAUAUAUUCUAGAUGCAGAUUUUGGGAUUCGGGAUGCCUGGCUCGGCAAAUACAGAUCAAUGUGCCAUCCUUGAUUUCUGGUAUCAAAGAGUUGGGUGCUGAGGUACUGGAUCCAAUGCGCAUUGAUUACAGCCGGAUAGACAUAGCUGGAUUGAAGAUGGACAUAUCAAAUGCGAUUGUCCGCGGCUAUGGUGCAGCUGUCGUUGAUAGGGCUAGCGUUGAUCCGAUUUCAAGAGAAUUGUAUUUGGUUUAUCACACCGAUUUAACGAUGGAUUCUCAAUACAAUGCUGAAGGAAGUGUUCUUGGCUUACCGAUUUCUGGUGAUGGCAAUAUGAGGGUAGUAGCGAAAAAUGUACAAAUAGAAGCUCUUUUGCCAUUCGACAUCGUUAACGACGCUCGCGGUAGAGCUGUAAUUGAACUGAAGGGAAUCCAAUACAGACUUAAUUUUAAGGACAACGUGCGCUUUGACCUUUCUAACUUGUUCUACGGUAACAAGGGUUUAAGUGACGCAAUGCAUCAAUAUGUAAAUUCCAACUGGAAGGCAGUAGCGGAUACUUACAGCAGACCAAUUUUCGACAUCGCACAAGAUAAACUUUUCAAAGUCUUAAGAUCCUACCUCCUGACGCAACCCCUUGACAAUAUUUUCAAUUUUUUUAAAUAG